UCUAUAGUUCUAUUUAGAACAAAAAAAGAAAAUCGUCAAUGUUGGUCGACAUCCAAACAACUAUCAAAUACUAACCUCAUAGCCACCCUCAUUCGGCACCGAGCUGAAGUGCUGAAAUGGUGUCAGCUCUGUUUAUUGGAGCAGCCAGGGCGCUCUGUGGGAGGCCUGACAAACAAGGGACACCAACAGAGAUAGGGCAGAGCCAUCGAGAAGGUGGAACCAUUGCAAAACAGCCCAACAAAAGCUUGCCAUGGUUCACUUGUGUGUCUCCAUUUCCGCAGAGGGUCCCCGGUUGGAGUCUGUACUGAAAGAAUCGUCAAGAAAACCCCGGAAAGGUAAGAAGACGACUUUUGACAUGACCACCUCCAGGAACCCGCCUUCAAGAACCAGGAUGUCCUCGUCCCGUCAAGACCGCGGCUCCUGUUCUUCUACAGCCUCCUGUCCCGUGUUUGCGGGCUCCUACAGUGACCAGGAAGAAGACCCUCCACCACGGCACAGGUCUUCACCCCUACUCAAAACCACACUCUCCAAACUUAACCACUCCACACAAACCACCCACAAUGGCUCCCUGCCCAGCCUCCAGGGAUCUGAAGCCUCUCUGCGAGGAGCAACCCCGGCCGCACGAGGCGCCCCUUGGAACCGAAAAGGAUCUCUAACCGGACUCCAGAAUUCCAUAGCAAAACUGAAGGGUUCCAUCUUGGGGCUGAAGCGUCGGUCGAUAGGCCCCCACCAGAACUCUCCAGCUCCGUCCAGCUCUACUGAAGGAAGCUCCAGCUCCAGCCUGCUGAGUGUUAGCUCCAGUGAAGACGAUGGCAGCUGGGACACCAACAGUUGGAGCUCCGGGAUCACCUGCCUUCUACGCCACCCUGCCGAACAGCAGGGCAGCCAGGGCCUCCAGAUCUAUCCGGGCUCCACCGGUAAGGGUAAAGGCGGCCAGACGUCUGAUUCUGACGCGUCAUUGCCCGAGGUCAUUUACCAGAAUCUCACCUUCUCUCGGCCCAUCGAUGAACCCGAAGACGCACGUUUUGCCCAGAGCGCCUCCUUCCUGUCCAAGAAGAAAGCUCAGAGCAUGUUCAUGUCCAACAACAGUCCAAGUGUUUCACCAACAACCGUGAACCAUCAUAAGAGGGCCGAGAACCGGCUCAAGUUCUCCCAGUUUUUGAACGAGGUGACAUGCAGGGUUCUACAGUUCAAAGAAGGCCGUCCUCAGCCCGGCUCCACCCUCCAACAUGGGUACCAAUCCCCGUCGCCUGAGCCACCAUCCACUCCUUCUCCGCUUCGACCAUCGUUACCACCAACAACCACAAAAACAACCGCUAGAGUCACAACAACGGAACCGCAGCCCAUGGCGGGUAUGUGGCGCAGCCCAACCACGGCGGACCUCCAGAUGAUCCAAGAGGAGGAUUCCAGGGACUUGGCCGGCUCCAUUCAUCGCUGGAGCAAGUCCCUGCCCAGCUGCCGGGUCCUGGAGCCUUCCGAUGUACCCAGGAAGGUGAACAGAGAGAGAUAUUCAUACCCCGAGCGUGACCUGGCACUAUGUACGAAGAUCCAGUCACAGCCGUCCACAGGCCGGCUGUAUUUGGAGACAGAUAUUGACAGGGUGCGACGGCUGGAUGAACUGGCGGCUGACGGCACCCUGGUGACGGAUGGGCAGGAGAUGGGGUCGGAGAAGCCUGACGAGGGUGAGGAAGAAGAAAGGGAGAGAAUAAGGGAGCCGUUGUGGGAGAAGACUGGGCAGAGGGCUGAUGCGACCGAUAAGGAGGAAGAAACGAGGGAGAAGCCAAAGGAAAUCCACUCGAAGAGAGACAGACGGAAGGAUAAAGGGAUGGACAAAGUGUCCGAGAGGCCAAGUGGGGAAGAGAGAGGGGUGCCGGGAGAGAGGGAGAGGGGGAGAGAGAAGCGGAAAAAAAGUGGUGUGGGACAGUCAGGAACCUCCACAUUCCUCUGGAUCAAGCUCCAAUGGGAGGAGAACCCCGGGCCCUGAUCUGCGGUGGCCAGAGGGUUUUCCCAGGAUGUCCUACAGGUCCACCUCCCUGCCGAGACCUACCUUCAGCACUGAGUCGGGUGGAGAGAUGCAGCGUGAAGCCAGGUUAGACACGCUCCUCACUUUUCCCUUCAUCUUCUUCCUCUUCUUCUUCGUCUUCUUC